GGAACCCCAGCCAGGCGGGCGGAGAUGUCGGGAUAAUUUAGCAGGUGGCCUCGUUACUCCCAGAUCUGUCGCCAUGGUAACCUGGUUUUUUCUUUUAAAAAUGUACAGUGCCAAGAGAAGGAAGAUGGCUGACAAAAUCCUCCCUCAAAGGAUUCGGGAGCUGGUCCCCGAGUCCCAGGCCUACAUGGACCUCCUAGCGUUCGAGAGGAAACUGGAUCAAACCAUCAUGCGAAAGCGGGUGGACAUCCAGGAGGCCCUCAAGAGGCCCAUGAAGCAAAAGCGAAAGCUGCGCCUUUAUAUCUCCAAUACUUUUAACCCUGCGAAGCCCGAUGCUGAAGAUUCUGAUGGCAGCAUUGCCUCCUGGGAGCUGCGGGUGGAGGGGAAGCUCUUGGAUGAUGUACGUCCUGGCCCAGGUCUCUCCAGGUGUCCUGGGCCCAGUAAGCAGAAGCGCAAGUUCUCUUCCUUCUUCAAGAGUUUGGUCAUUGAAUUGGACAAAGACCUUUAUGGCCCCGACAACCACCUCGUUGAGUGGCACAGGACACCCACAACACAGGAGACAGAUGGGUUCCAAGUGAAGAGGCCAGGGGACUUGAGUGUGCGCUGUACCCUGCUCCUUAUGCUGGACUAUCAGCCUCCCCAGUUCAAACUGGACCCCCGCUUAGCCCGGCUGCUGGGGUUGCAUACCCAGAGCCGCUCCGCCAUAGUCCAGGCACUGUGGCAGUAUGUGAAGACAAACCGGCUGCAGGAUUCCCAUGACAAGGAAUACAUCAAUGGAGACAAGUAUUUCCAGCAGAUUUUUGACUGUCCCCGAUUGAAGUUCUCUGAGAUUCCCCAGCGCCUCACAGCCCUGCUGCUGCCCCCUGACCCAAUUGUCAUCAACCAUGUCAUCAGCGUGGACCCAUCAGACCAGAAGAAGACAGCGUGCUAUGACAUUGACGUGGAGGUAGAGGAGCCACUGAAGGGGCAGAUGAGCAGCUUUCUCCUGUCCACAGCCAACCAGCAGGAGAUCAGCGCUCUGGACAGUAAGAUCCACGAGACGAUUGAGUCCAUAAACCAGCUCAAGAUCCAGAGGGACUUCAUGCUAAGUUUCUCCAGAGACCCAAAAGGCUACGUCCAAGACCUGCUCCGCUCUCAGAGCCGAGACCUCAAGGUGAUGACAGAUGUGGCUGGUAACCCUGAAGAGGAACGCCGGGCUGAGUUCUACCACCAGCCCUGGGCCCAGGAAGCCGUCAGCCGCUACUUCUACUGUAAGAUCCAGCAGCGCAGGCAGGAGCUGGAGCAAUCGCUGGUCGUGCGCAACACCUAGGAGCCCAUGAACAAGCAUCACUGUGGACCAGCCAGCCACACUGUCCAGCAUAGGCCCUGGACUCUGGCCUCCGUCCCCUGCUGCGGUGGGGUUGCAGGCAGAGUGGGGAGGACUGGAUUAAAGGUCACUCAUCAGACA